AUGACGUUUGCCUACUACGCCGGCGUGCCGCCACGCACCGUCCCAGACGUACCCACCAGCGCCACCAAUACGGGCUUCUCCUCUUGCUCCCGGAGCCACCCUCGCCCGUCCUCGCUCGCAAUUGCACCGCACUCGGCAAGGCGGUCGCGGUUCGCGCCGUACCAGCGGCCACAGCAGACACCCUCCACGGCGGCGACCACCGCCAUGGCCAUGUCAAUGGGGCCAAUGUCGUCCUCGAUGACUGCCGGGUUUGGGCGCUUCUCAAUGGCCAUGGUCCCCAUGUCCGCGCAAUGGCAGGUGUGCCCCGCCACUGGCCGGGUGGUGACACACGGCCCCGAGAGUUCGUAUUGGGCCAAGCAGGCCGUGGUGGACGAGCACGUCCCGGUCCCGCCCCCGUCAGCUCCGCCUGCGCCGCUGCAACCCGUCCCGCCAGCCCAGACCCAGUCCCAGACUCAGACUCAGAUUCUGGCUCCAGUCCCACAGUUUGCCAGUGGCUUGUUUGGAUGCAUGCCUGCCCCCGCCAACCAUCAUGUGGCUGCUCCACCACCGACCGUUCCCGACGUUCCCCUCGUGCCGGACUUUGGCUCGUUUGCGUUCGAGGACCAACUGGCCUUCCCCGUCGUGACACCACAUCAGGCGUCACUUGGGCCGGCGAUACCCGCUCCCCUUGCAGUGGGUAGUGCAGACCCGGCCGCACCCAGCGUAUCCUUGCCCCUCGACGUGACCCAGCCAGUCGUAUCCCACCACACCCAGCCCGGCUGGCAGCCACACGCUCUUUUUACGACUGCAGCCGUCGCGGCCAUAGCCCCAGCCGGGCCUCCAUCGACAUUCCCCGCCGCCACUCCCAAACGGACAGAGUCAGUGCCAAAACUGGACCCGCUCACUCUCCCGCACGCAAUGAUCAAGCUGCUGUACAUCCUCAAGAGCCGCACAGCGCAGAUCCUGGACCACCUCGUGUUCACCGACGGCAUUGACGGCGACGUGUGCUGGCCAGAGACUACGCCGGGGACGUUUCUCGCCGCGGCGGCCAUGCUCAAGGUCGUGCUGGGUCUCCUGCCUCCCGAGAACCGGGACGAAGCGGCUCGAUGGCUGGAGAGCGUGCUUGGCGAGCAGGAGUGGCGGCCGCUGGUGUCUGUCGAAGAUGACGAGGAGGACGAGGGGGAAGAGGAGGACGAGGAGGACGAGGAGGAUGAGGAGGAUGAGGAAAACGAAGAUGACUAUGACGGCGACGAAGACGAAGCUGAAGAUGAGGACGACGAAGACGACUCAUACGACUCAAGCGAGGAUGCUGACGGGUCGACGGUGGCGGGCUCCCCGGAGCAGGAGGCAGCGGCGAUUGCUCAUGUCACUCUUGGUCACCACCACAUCCCCCAGUGGGCCCAGAACACUGACACCACGGCACCGUACGUCCCGGAUGGCGGGCUCGGACUCGGGCUCACAGACGAGCUGUGUGGCGGGACAGACUGGAUGCGCGGCGAGAUGCCGCCCGGGUCGACGGACGCCGACAUGCUGGGCUUUAUGCCCUUUGGCACGGCCCAGACGUUUAGAUAA